AUGCUUGUGCCAUCGGGCUUGGCUUGGCGAGAGCACGCGUGGAGGCUGCGGGACGACGCGGGCCAGGGGACGCUAAGGCUUGGACGGCCAGCAGGAGAGGGGGUGGGUGGGGGGGAGGGGGGUCGAAGCGUAGCGGCGCGAGUUCAAUGUUACCGUGGUGAAGAAGUGGGCCGUGGACGGAGGGGAGAGCGGACAGGCACGGGGAGAGGCUAG